UCGAAUUUAUUUUAUAAUUUUCGAAGCAGAUACACAGGCUUUUAACUUCCCAGAGUUUAUUUUACCGUUUUCAUUUGCCAACACUGUAUUAAUGUAUUUGCUUCAAAGAUACUGUGUGUGUGCCAACAACGUCUGUGUUUAUGUUAUUGUUUACGUUUGACUACUGGCGGCAAUAUACAAUGGGUUGCGAAGACGUGUUUAAAAGUUUACGUGAAGUUGGUUGUUGUAAACGCUGUUGUCUGCGAGUUAUCGGUGAAAGGGAAUCUACAGCAUACAGUGAUGUACCAGAAACACUUAGAAAGAAAGGACUCGAGUCACCUGUUGAAACUAAUGAAUGUGGAGAAGAUAAUGUUUCAGAAGUCAUAUGCAUAGCUUGUUUGGGUUUAUUACAAGAUAAUUUGUUUGAAGGAAUAACUGAGAAGAUUUCCAACAAAAUACUAGAAGGAUCCUUCGACAGCACCACAUUCACUUGCGCGUUGUCACUGCCGGUCUGUUUCCAGAUCAGGGCGCAUUCAUUGUGGUUGUUUAUAAGGGACAAGUUCCCCGAGUAUUUUGAUUCUGAUUUUGCACGUUAUGAAACUCAUAUGGUGCCAGUAAAAGACGUAUGGAAGUGGACAGUUGUACCAGCAAUAGCCAAACGAGUCAACAAAAGUUUUGAUUCUGGAGAUAAAUGUAAUUUCUUCGUUAACGUGAAUGUGGAAUACGCCAAUGACGAAGACGAAUGUGCACACAUGCAGAAGAUGUGUAAAAAGUUCUUUGCAGAACGUCGGACACAGAGACGGAAGUUCCGUGGUGAACUGUAUACACGAAAAGGAGUAGAACAGCUGCUACCAACCAUUGAUUCAAAAGUUUUCAAGGAAAAUUUUCCCUGUCCCCCAUCUGUGCCACAGGUUCCAGUUGCCAUCACUUCUGUUGCUUGUUCUCAUAACUCAAUUUACUUCGCAGGUCGCUACAAUAAGUUCUCCCGCUUUCUCAGCCAGACACCAUGGCUCAUUGAUGGUGAAAGGAGAAUGGAAUCAUCCGUUCAAGAGAUAAUUAGUGACAAACUGGAAGCAAUAACACAAUCAGAGGGGUCACGAUUUUCUUCUUCGGGCCGUGAAGAUGUUGAUGUACGUAUGUUAGGACGUGGUCGACCAUUUUCUGUGGAGCUGCUGAAUCCACACCGAACGUGUUUCUCCCGUGAUGAAGUCUGUGCUCUUCAAGCUGAUAUUAACAUGGGAAGUCCAGAUAGUGUAAUCGUUAGAGACCUGCAACUUGUUACAAGGGAGUGCUUGGCAGAGCUCAAGAAAGGUGAGCAAGAAAAACAGAAACUGUAUGAAGCCCUUUGUAUCUGCCAUGAUGUACCAUUGCUUCAGGAGAAAUUAGAUUGCUUAUCGAGUGCAGCCCCCUUGCAAUUGCAGCAGUGGACACCUAUAAGAGUUUUACAUCGCCGACCACUGGCAGAGAGAGUCAGAACCAUACACUCACUGGCAGCAAAGGAGGUCAGUGGACAGCCAGGCCUUUUCAAACUGGAGGUGAUGGCACAGGCUGGAACAUACAUUAAGGAGUUUGUGCAUGGCGAUUUUGGUCGAACAACACCUGACCUAGGCCAGUUACUUGGUGGUGUGCAAGUCGACAUACUGGCGCUUGAUGUCUUGGAUAUAAUGGUGGACUGGCCACCACAAAUCAACAGCUGAUAGUGCAGAAAUAUAGGUCUGCAUUUCUAUUGUAAUGGUGAAAUUUGUUUUGAGAAAAGGGGACUAUUUUCAUGGAAAUUUUAUUAGACAUAUUGAACAUCAAUGAUGGUAUUGUAUUUAUUGUGGUAUCUUUGUGAAAUGUUUGCUGGUCAACUAAAAUUUAUAUGUAUAUCCUCA